AUGUGCGAACUUCAGAUUCUUUUGGUUAUAGUAAGAAUAAUGAUGUGGGUGCUGGCGGUAAAAUAUAAACCUCUGGCGGUGCUGGCGACUCUCAGACACUUGUCUCAUACCACUGUAUCACGGAGUAGCUUCAGAACAGACUCAAAUGUCGAAACUGACGAAAUCUCAUCGUCCAAUGAUCCAUGGUCUCCUACCCUACUUUCCGAUACCGUUUACAUUCGGACCCCAAACUCGCUUCGUUCUCACCCAUUACCGGGCUACCGGCUCUCGUACUCACCGCUAUACGAAGCCCCGGGUUCCAAAUAUGUUGCAAUGAUGAAAAGACUCACUCUUAGUUUCGCCGUGCUUGGCUGCUACGGUGCCAAAUUAUUCUACGAACUGGCUCAAUUUGACGAUUUGUACGCUUUGGCCACGUUGGUGGGCUGCUGGACCCCUACGGCUGUGGUACAGUACAAAACCAAGGACUACGUAACCCGAAUUUUUCGACUUUAUUCGAAGGACAAGCCACAGACAUUGGAAAAUCUUGUAAAUGACGAAAAACUCAUUUUGGAAAAACUCAAUGCCACCGGCGGCCGAACUUAUAAUUGCUUGGUGAACGUCGACUCGUCGCUUCAGUUGGACAAACCACCAAAGUGGCUGAGACCGUAUUCUUCCUGGAAAGACAUCGAGCCCACCACUGGAAAAACUCGCCAUUUUUACGUUGCUGAUGAUAUGGGAGGAGUCAAAAUGGACAGAUUGUGGGGGAUUGUGGAGCACAACUCGGGUGUGGACAACGGACGAUAUAUAAAGUGA